AGGGAGAGAGAGCGAGAGAACUAGAGAUACUUACUGGAGGCCGGCAGCGCGUUAACAGCAGGGAGCCCAACAGCACGACGGCGUUAAACAGUCUUUAUUAAGAUGAAAUAGUUUCGUUUAGUUAAGCAAAUCGAAUUUUUGUAAAUUGAUGUUGACACUUAAGUUAGCCGCAUUUUAUAAGAAAAUAUCAAAGGAAUUAAAUAUAUGAAGAAUACAAAUAAAAAGCGCAUUCCAUGUUUUUUAAAGCCAUGGCGACAUUUGGGAUAUUGUACGCUGAUGUCGCCCGACAUCCUGAGUGCGAAUCUCAUGUUAUUUAAUUUACACAAAACAUGUUUUUGAGCAAGAAUCACAGUGGCAUAAUAAGGCAUGCAACCUCGGCUUCCUGACUCUGACAUAUUGAUCUGGAUAACGACUCAUGGGAUGUAGCAUAUGGAGAAUUCGGCACAACUUCGGACAUUUGAAGGCGCAAUCUAAAGUGUCUUUUUUCUUUACCAUGAUCAUUAUUUUUACUUAUUUAUUUUAUUGUCUCACUGGAAUCUGCGACCCACUACCGAGGCUAGUAAACGAGCAUCAAACUUUAACCAGCGCAAACAAGUACAAUGCGCUGGGAAGCUUUCGCGACAGACUGGACUUUCCUACAUCUUCGCCUCAGCACCAGUCCAGCGCGCAAAGUCACCAGAACCAAACUUCUGCAGAACUUCCCGAGGAGAAGAAGCGGACCGUACCGUACGAGGGAGGGAAGGCGCUACCACCCAUGCCCCACGCUGUCAAGGCACGGGAAGACGUCGUCGACGGCAUAUCUGUGUUCAAUAACUUCGGCACCAAAAAGUUUCCACAAGCGAUUAUCAUUGGCGUGAAGAAAGGGGGAACAAGAGCGCUGCUUGAGUUUCUUCGCAUUCAUCCUGAUGUUAGAGCUGUCGGCACGGAGCCGCACUUUUUUGACAGGUUUUACGAGAGAGGACUGGAGUGGUACAGAAACCUUAUGCCCCGGACCCUCGAUGGACAGAUCACUAUGGAGAAGACGCCCAGUUACUUUGUGACCAAAGAAGCUCCCGGCCGGGUUUUCACCAUGAGCCGCAGCACCAAACUGAUCGUGGUCGUGCGCGACCCUGUCACGAGGGCGGUGUCUGACUACACUCAGACCCUUUCCAAAAACCCGGGGCUGCCCACUUUCCAGGAUCUUGCCUUCAAGAACUUCAGCAGAGGGCUGAUCGACACCUCCUGGAGCGCCGUCCGCAUCGGAAUAUACGCCAAGCACUUGGAGAACUGGCUCCAGUACUUCCCGCUCUCCAGUCUCUUGUUUGUCAGCGGCGAGCGCCUGGUGACAGAUCCGGCCGGGGAGAUCGGCCGCGUGCAGGACUUCCUGGACUUGAAGCGUGUCAUCAGUGACAAACACUUCUACUUCAACCAGACCAAGGGCUUCCCCUGUCUGAAGAAACCAGAGGGCAGCAGCCACCCCCGUUGUCUGGGAAAGUCCAAGGGGCGACCCCAUCCGCACAUUCCCGGGGAGGUGCUGCUGAGGCUCAGGGACUUCUACAGACCUUUCAACCUCAAGUUCUACCAAAUGACCGGCCAGGACUUUGGCUGGGGCUGAUAUCACAGACCUGCCACGAAUAAACAGAACUGCAAGGCCUGAAAUUUGUAAAGAGAGAGAAAUGCUGCAUAAACAGAAACUGAAAUGUGGUGCUUCAUUGUAAACAGCUGAAUGCCAGUAGUCCCAAUGUUAUUUUCAAAUCACAUCCAUUAACGUAUGUAUGUGUGCUUUUUUUUUUUAUCAUUAAAGUUGUGCAGGAUGUUAUCCACAUUGUGACUCUUGUAGCAGUUCAUAAAGAAACAGUCAAUGAAAAUAUGACAGGGAGUCGAGUCACAUGUUUACCUGGAGUCUGCACUGUGAUCUGAGUGUUUCAGAAAUCACCCCAUCGCAAUGUGGGAAAAAAAUUUGUGACACAAAUCAAUUCAUUAUAUGCUAAAGUUCGCCUUUCGUUUGUGUACAAAGUUAUCAAUAUCUUUUAAAAUGGGGGCUUCCUUGGCCAUAAUUUGAUUAGAUCUUUUUUUGAGAUCCUUAAUUUAAUAGUAUCACAUCAUAAUAAGAACUGGCAACAGAUGCUGUGUCAAAAGAAUACUGUCAGCAUUAAGGGAUUUCAGGCAAGUAGCAUUUAAAUAUUAUUUACCACGGAAGCAGUGAAGCCAAUAAAUUCAGAAUCUGGAUAUCAGACACUGACAUCACAUCAUGUAAGGUCCCUUCUGGACUGAAAACCUGUUCAGCUUGUCUCACUGUUUGUGAAAUCAAGUUGGGCGCAAAGAGGUACCUUAUGUCUGUGCUUAUGCUCGUCUGUGCAUUUUAUUCAUGUUUAUUAUCUGACCACAUCAAUAUACAUCUAUGGUGCAAAGAUGGUACAAAAGCUGGAGCUCAAUGCAAAUCUGUACUCCGUCAAGCCUUUUCAAGUUAUCCAUUGUAGUGGAACUGGAAUUGAUGUUAUUAAAUGUGAUCAUGUUUUAUAACGCUAUGUCUGUGUAGAUUCUCAGUCGUCAAGGACAUGAUAAUCUCAAGGGAUUGAAUCGAAGGCAACUGGAAUUCUACACAUUUUUUUCAAUUUCUUGAAGAUGUUUCACCUCUCAUCCAAAAGGCUUCUCCAGUUCUAAAAGUCUAAUUGGGAGUUAUAGGUAUUUAUCCUCUUUAGAGAUGAAAUGCCUUCAAGAAAUUGAAAAAGAGGUAGAGUUGCCUUCGGUUCAAGCCCUUAAGAUUAUUAUAAUGCUCAGCCAUAUGUGAAGAAGGAACAAGAAGGUGUAGAGGAAUCAUUCAGUCUGGCUGGUUAAAAUUAACAAAAAAAAAAACAUACAGUUAUUAAACAGUGUGUACUAUUAAAGAAACUGCUAUUGUUCUGGUCUCUGUUCUGAACAAAGCAUACUAAUUACCAGGUGCUGACAUGUCACUAAUGCCAGUCAUCCAAAUACCCCCUUGGCACGGCGUCAGCUGAGCAAGCCAACAUGUGGAAUCUCAAAUGACAUGAGCCAAGUAGAAAAUAAUAAGGCCAACUAAUCGUUUUUUUCCAAAGAUGGCCUCCCAACAAAACCAAGCCUAAUCGGAAGUGAUGUCACUCCGCUCGUGUCCUGCUGAUGACGUGGGACAGAGAUGUGAUGCACAAAUCUGUUGGGUCUCAGUUCUUAAUUGACUGAAAUCCUCAUUUGGAUGAAGCCUGACACAUUUAUAGGUAAAAACUGGGGGCUUGAUGGGUGGUGGUACAUCAGUCAGUCAUUUACUUAUUGAUAAAGGUAUACACGUGCGCACUUGUGAAUCAUUGCCCACCCCAGCUUAAAAGGUAUUGGCCAUGUAGAAUAUACCUUAAUGCUGCAACAGUUACUCUUUUCCUCGUACCUACCGUCAAUGUUGGAUGUAAACUUUCUGACAGAACUAUUCUCUCCAUUAAUGCUUAAAUAUUUUUGAGUUGUGGAGUGUCACACAAAUUCUGCCAUCUUAAUUAAUCGGCUCUGUCUGGCCUUAGCAUGUCGUGACGCGUUUUUAAAAGCAGAUGCGAAACAAACUGGCAGGCACCGCGUUUGGCCUGGUGGUACCGUCACGCCAUAAAUACAGCUAGAGUCAGUCAUAAUGACCUCUCUUCAUCUUUAGCUGACCAUCUAUAUAUCGAAUGGCAGCAUUGGAAAAGACCGUUGCCUGGAUAAAUGUAAACUUUCACUGGAUAAUUUUAUUUUUGAUAACUAUUUUUGAUUCAAGAAUGCAUUUGCAAUGUUUCAUUUCCAUGUUGUAAAGAUUUUUGUUAUUCCUUUAAGUCUCUGUCCCUUUUCUCUCUCAUGCUUUAGAUUUAGCCUCUGAGAUUAAUGCUGGACUCAGACUGCAGUUUGCCUUAUGCCUGUGCGAUAAUGUAAGACUGUAAAAAGAAGAGUUUUUCGCUUAUCUUUGCUGUAAAUCAUCCACUAUAAUUUAUACUGUAAUAGUUUAAAAUCAUACUGAACAAUAUAUAGCAGAAAAGUUGUUUUAAUCAUUAUUUUGUCUUAUCUAGGACUAAUAUUGUUUAUAAUCUUUCAUGUACAAUAUUAUAUUAAUUUAUAUAUUAAUUGAUUGGAAGAUGGUUGAUGACAUAUGCAUAUAAAUGGUAAUGUUCCCUUUAUUGGGAUAUUACAUCAUUCUUUUGUAUGUACUUUAAAUCUGCUCAAAGUCUGAGUAAAGCUAAUAUUACUAAGAAAACCAACAAACGAGCAUGAGUGUCCUGAUUUAAAAGAAGCGAAGAUUCCCUUACAGAUCUAUAUACUUUAACAGGGACAAUUAUUAUUAUGAAAUGUGUCUUGAUUGAUUAAUUAAUAAAGCUUUGACUGUUCUAUAUUACGUAUAGAGGAUGCAC